AAAGUCGCACCUCCUUUUCCCUUACGAUUUUCUUAAUUUUAUAUAGUAUUUUCAGUUUCCAUUUUAGUUCCUUGCGUUUCAAUGCAAAUAUACACACAUCCAUGUAUAUAUAUAUAUAUAUACACACACACACACAGUUAAAUCGUAUCUGUUUCUGAAUAUUUUCCAUUACAGGGUUUUUGGGUCCAAGGAAUCAUCAAAUCCGCCACUCAUUUUUUGUUUGAAACCCUCUAUCGUGCCUGAUCUCCCAAUUUUCCAUUCUUGAUUGCCAUAUAUAUGUGUAUAUAUAUUAUAUAUGUGUAUAUUAUUUUCAUUCCAUAACGUGCGCGUCUUUUCGAUUACUGUUGAAUCUAAAUAAAUUCAUUGCGUCAUCAUCAUCACUGUUUCUUCUAGAUUUAUUUGCAAAAUUAAGUUAUCCUUCUUCAAUAAUAAUUUCUUCUUGCUAUUUUAGUUGAAAGAAUAUUUUUCUCCGUAUUCGAAUUUUCAGUUCCGAUUCUCUUCUGGUAAGCUCUGCGUUGAAGUAUUAUUCCUCAAUGCCAUUGAUCUCUUUUGACUUCUCAAUCAGAUUAGUAUAUUCAUUAUUCCCAAACAAACACCGUUGUCUACUUUUUUAUUCCUUUUAGCUAAGCCUUCGUUUCUUUAGAGAUAAUGUCGUUCUGUUAAUUGUGGGAACAGAGUGAUCGCCAUUCUUUAAGCUAUGGUGACCAUGGCCUCUGGUUCUUGCGAAUCUUUAUCUCGUUUACUCUUCUAGUUCUUCUGGUGUCCUUAUUGAUUAAAGGAUUGUCAGUAAUUGGUGAGAAAAUUAGUGGGGUCUAAAGACAUGAAGCUUCAGGUUCGAGUAAUAGAGGCGCGGAAUCUACCGGCGAUGGAUCUAAACGGGUUUAGUGAUCCGUACGUGAGGUUACAGUUGGGAAAAAACAGGUCGAGGACCAAAGUGGUGAAGAAGUGCUUAAACCCAACUUGGGGAGAGGAAUUCUCUUUCCGGGUCGAGGAUUUGAAUGAAGAACUUGUGAUUUCUGUUUUGGAUGAGGAUAAGUACUUCAAUGAUGACUUUGUUGGGCAGAUUAAGAUUCCAGUUUCGCAGGUUUUUGAUGCGGAAAACAAGUCUCUUGGCACUGUUUGGUACCCUUUACAGCCAAAGAAUAAGAAGUCCAAGAAGGACUGUGGGGAGAUUCUCUUAAAUAUAUCUUUUUCUCAAAACAAUUCAUUCGUGGACUUCAGUUGUAAUGGUGAUCAUGCACAAAGCAUGGGGAAGCUGGCAGAUGUAACUUUAGAAUCUUCUGCCAGGUUUUCAAAUGUCACAUCAACUUGUCUCUCUCCGGUGAGACAAGAAGAUUCGUAUUCAAGGGAAGAGAGGUCUUGUUCACAAAAAACCUUUGCAGGUCGAAUUGUUCAGAUGUUUAACAAAAAUUUAGAUACACUGGCAACCACUUCUGCUAAAGGCAUAGAGACAUCAGAGCUACUGGAAGAUACUAAACCUGAGGUUUCUGAUGACAGAAGUGAAGAUCAGUCCUCUUCUUGCUCUUUUGAAGAAUUGGUUAAAACCAUGGAGUCUAAAGAUUCGGGUUCUGAAAUUCCAAGCAAUUUACCUGGAGGGGUCCUACUGGACCAAUUGUAUAUGAUUACGCCUUCUGAACUAAAUGUUUUGCUUUUUUCACCCGAUUCAAGUUUUUAUGCAUCAUUGGCUGAUGUGCAAGGAACUUCAGAACUGCAGAUGGGACCUUGGAAAUUUGAAAAUGGAGGUGAGAAUUUGAAAAGAGUGCUUACUUACAUUAAGGCUGCAACCAGGUUAAUUAAGGCUGUCAAAGGAACUGAGGAACAGGUGUAUCUAAAAGCUGAUGGGAAGGCAUAUGCUGUUUUAGCCAGUGUCAGUACACCUGAUGUCAUGUAUGGUAGCACCUUUAAAACUGAGUUGCUCUACUGCAUCACCCCUGGGCCUGAACUGCCAUCUGGAGAACAGUGUUCACAUUUGGUGAUAUCAUGGCGAAUGAACUUUCUGCAGAGCACCAUGAUGAAAGGUAUGAUAGAGAAUGGUGCAAGACAGGGCCUUAAGGACAGCUAUGAGCAGUAUGCCAAUUUGCUAUCCCAGAAUGUAAAGAAAGUUGAUUCAAAGGAUAUUGGGUUAAAUAAGGAUCAAGUUUUAGCUACAUUACAGGCACAGCCACAAUCAGACUGGAAACUUAUAGCACAGUACUUCGCUAACUUCACUGUGGUUUCCACAGUUUUUAUGGGAAUUUACGUGCUUGUCCACAUAUUGCUUGCCUUGCCUAGCACAAUUCAAGGGCUUGAGUUUCUUGGGCUUGAUUUACCUGAUUCGAUUGGCGAAUUCAUUGUGUGUGGAGUCCUAGUUCUUCAAGCUGAAAGGGUACUAAUGAUGAUAUCACGUUUCCUGCAGGCUAGAAGGCAAAAGGUUCAAGAAAUUUGUUAUCUUUUAAAAAGGACAAUCAUGGCUCUGUGGAAGGCUAGAUCAUUGACUCCUGAGCAGAAAGUGCGUAUAGUUGAAGAAGAAUCAGAGGCCAAACUCCAAACUGAAGAGAGUGGUUCUUUCUUGGAUCUUGAGGAUGUCAGCAUGUCUGAGGUUUAUUCGUCAUCUCUCCCUGUUCCUACUAGUUUCUGCAUGGAGUUAUUCAAUGGGGGUGAUUUGGACCGUAAAGCUAUGGAGAGAGCUGGUUGUCAUAACUAUUCUUGCAGUCCAUGGGAAUCUGAGAAUUCUGAUGUAUAUGGGAGGCAAAUAUAUUACCGUUUUGACAAGCGUAUAUCCCGGUACAGAGGAGAGGUAACCAGUACACAGCAAAGAUCUCCACUGCCUGAUAAGAAUGGUUGGCUUGUUGAAGAGGUCAUGACUCUCCAUGGGGUUCCACUUGACGAUUAUUUUAAUCUUCAGCUUAGAUACCAAGUUGAGGAUUUACCCUCAAGAUCGAAGGGCUGUCACGUACGCGUGUUCUGUGGAGUUGCAUGGCUGAAAAGUACGAAACAUCAGAAAAGAAUUGCAAAAAACAUCCUUUCCAGUCUGCAAGACCGGCUGAAGGUGGUAUUUGGUGUGGUGGAGAAGGAAUUUGCCAACAGAUGAAGUGGAUAAAAGUGGUAUUGUCUGAGGUAACUGGAUUGGCAAGAGGUGAUGCUAAUAUACCACCUUCCAAUUUUGAUCAUAUUCUCUCCAUUUCCAUGAGUCAGUGCUGCUGACCUAUACGAUUUGAUAUUCCAUAGUUUUGGGAUGGAUCGCAAUAUGCUAUGUAAGGUCUUGUUUAGGUCUGCAGCCAUGAUUUACCGGAUGCAAUCCUAACAUGCUCAACGGGGACAAAAGUGCCAGCAACAUUCGUCAGAAUGAGGAAACUCUUCUUUGAACAAUGGGAUCAUGACUGAUUCCUUCCUUCCAUAGUUGUAAAGAGCAGAACCCUUGGUGCAGACAGGUCUGGGAAUAGUUCGGAUCCUCAGUAACAUGGGUGUACCGAUAGUUGAAAA